AUGCUCCGAGAACUAGAAAUACUCAAGGGUCCAAGGAACCAAUGCUUCGAGUUUUGUAUGGAUGACUUUCACAACAUGCACCACAACUUGAAAAAGCUAUUGUCUAUCUCGGUUCACAUAUAUCCCAGUUAUAACUUUUUGCCUACACUGGACACAAUCCCAAACACAGCGCCGGCUUUUGCAGUGACGACUCUAAAUAUAAAUUGGGACCAACACAGCAACAUCAUGGAUCCAGGUCGGAAGUUAUGGAAUCCUUUGUGGUUGUACUAUUUUGGCUACAAAUAUCCAAACUUGCGCUCCUUGAGGUUAAAUACUAGGAUCUCGCAGACGAAUACAUUAAUUACGGACAAGAGGGGACCAAAGAUAUCUCUUUUUCAAUCCAAUCCAAACGCAUUUAAGCACCUGGAAACAUUCGAUCUCACGACCGAUAGAUAUUUCACGAUUUUUAAGUUUCCUUUAUUGAGACUGUUUCGUGAAUUAAGAUUCCCUCUUAGGCAUUUGAUAUUGCAUUCAACACAAUUGUCGGAUAUAAACGCUUCAUGUUCAAUCGACGUUAACGAAAUUCUAGAAUCCUUUUCUGAAACACUCCAGAGUUUUUCAGUUAAAAGCUUUAAAUAUAUUCCUGCAGACCAAGAUCCGACUUUCAGACUAUCAGCUUACUACCCGGUUUUGACGAACCUUUUUAUCAAUACAGUCAAAGCUCGAUAUAGUGAUAUGGAUGGUGGACAGAAAUUUUAUCACUAUCACUAUAUCGAGCGUGUUUUUUUCUUACUCCGCGCAUUAUUUAGUGAUAUUUCUAAUGCCGCUCAGGCACGGACCCAAAUUUUCCAAAAAAUUAUCACUAUAUCGAGCUUUGGCUGUAGUAUCGAUUUGGUUCUUGCUCUAGAUAAUUUAUUGAACAGAUGCGCGGCCCUCAAAGAAUUGGAUUUUUGUGGUAAAGAAUUGCUCAUUACUCCAAGCACGACAGCCAAGAAUUCAAAACAGCAGCAACACGGAUUGCAGAUUUUAACAUUAAGAGGCUCUGUAGCCUCUGAAGUAUUCAAUUACCUCUCGCUUAGGUGUAGAGGUUUAAAACAUAUAGCUUUGGAUACUUUGCACAUCAAGGGAUCUAUUUGUGAAAAAACCGAGUGCUUGCUACUCGAUAUGCCUCAUACUUUCUUGAAGACUCUGAAUAUCAGUCAUCUUCGAUACGAUCCAUCAUACAAAGAAACAAAUGUAUACUAUUAUAGUUUCCUGACGCUUCUGUCUCAAUUAAACGACGUUUCAUUAACAGACGAAAAAACCAAAAGGGAAAGAAAUGAAAUUGAUCCAGAGCACCCAAUAUUAACAAGUUACCACUUGUACGAUGGAGAGGUCAAAUAUAUGGAGAGGGAAUACGAGCUUCACAAUGGAUAUGGUCAAUUUAGAUUUGGAAAGGUUGAAUCUGUGCAUGUUAUAGAACCAUCAGGCGGAGACGUAGUUGGAAAAAUAUGGUUUGACCCAAGCUCUUUUUAA